AUGCGAUCCCUAAUAUGGACGGUAGCCCUGGGCAUGGUCCUAUGGACCGCCCAGGCCUUUGAGGUUGUCAUGGACCAAACCGACGAUAACAGUCGACGAUGUACCGGAAUGUACAGCAAGAGUGCCUGGGGAGGGAACGUCGAUCCAUAUAUCCAGGUUGUCUUUGUGAACGAUACCGUCAAACCCGAUACCGACCCUAUUAUCAGCCUCCUCAUCUUUGAAUGGAAGGACCUUGACCUGAUUGGAGUCGAGGACCCCAACCGUCCCGGCGAGAGUAUCCCCGAGCUUUGCGGCCCCUCUCAAAUCAAGGCCGGUCUUUGUCAGGAGAGCAACAAGGGCGAAUUCGUCGUCGCUCCGCCUAAUGAGCUUGCAGAAAAGUCUAAGAACCUCAUCAUGACCCAGGCAGUACAUCUCAAGGACCCGCAUACGAAAGUCUACCCCAUCAAGAAGACCGGCUACUACUGCGUCCUUACCGAGGCCUUUACUGGCGACGAAUACCAGGCGGUCGCCGUCUUCCGAAACGCCUAUGGAGAGCUCCCUGCCACCCAGGUCCCAAAACUUCCAUUCUAUGGAGGAAUGACUAUCCUCUACGCCCUUGUCUCUGCGUUCUGGGCGUUCCUCUACUUUCAACACAGGCAUGACAUCUUGGCUGUCCAAAACUACAUCACUGCAAUCCUUGUCUUCCUUGUGGUCGAGAUGCUCAUGACCUGGGGCUUCUAUGAAUAUAUGAACAACAAUGGCUCCAACCUUGGCUCCAAAGUCUUGCUCGUUGUUGUAGCCGUCUUGAACGCUGCCAGGAACUCCUUUUCGUUCUUCCUCCUGCUCAUCGUGUGCAUGGGCUACGGCGUUGUCAAGCCCACUCUUGGCAAGACUAUGAUCUAUGUUCGAUGGCUAGCGGUCGCGCAUUUCGUUUUCGGCAUCGUUUAUGCCAUUACCAGUUUAUACAUUGCGCCCGAUACGGCUGGGCCGUUUGUACUGCUUGUUGUCCUCCCCUUGGCAGCCACGCUCACCGCCUUCUAUGUCUGGACCUUGAACUCUCUCAAGUUCACUUUGAAGGACUUGCUGGAACGCAAGCAAAACGCCAAGGCGUCCAUGUACAAGAAGCUCUGGUGGUGUAUUUUGCUCAGCAUUCUCGUCAUCUUUGGCUUCUUCUUCCUGAACUCACUCUCGUUUGCCUCGGUCAGCGAUCCGGAUUAUGUUCCCUUCCAUUGGAAGACCCGUUGGUUUGUUCUCGAUGGCUGGCUCAACCUCGUCUACUUUGCCGAUGUGGCUUUCGUAGCCUACGUCUGGCGCCCCACAGCAAACAACCGCCGUUUCGCCAUGAGCGACGAGAUCGCCCAGGACGACGAUGGCACCUUUGAUCUCCGUGACAUUGGUGUCCCCGACGAUUCCGAUGAUGAGGAGGAGAAUAUCGGCAAGCCUAUCAACGGCCAGUCCACUUCAGCCCACCAGAACACGGCUGGCACGACACUCCUCGAUGGGGAGACUAUCUUUGCCGUUGGCGACGACGGCGAUAGAUUCUCUGACGAUGACGAUAGCGACGAAGAGAACGCUAAACUUGUCAAAGCGCCCAAGAAAGAUGAGAGCAGGUGA